UUUUUAUUUUCAUAUAGUACAUAUUACUACUACAAAAAGAACUCUAGCUUCCAAGAAUCAUAUACCCCAUGUUCUAGAUUUGUAAAAAGAUUAUAAAUUCCAUUUCUUUUUUAAUUGCUUGCCUUGUAAUUCAAAAGAAAAAUCAGCUCAGAAAUUUGGAGAGAUUUGGUCAGAUCUUGCUUUGUGAGUUGUGGAGAUUUUGUUGGGUUUGUUACUUCUAUACAAAGGCAUCUUCUUUUUUAAGAAAGAAAAAAAAGCAAGAACCUCAUCAAAAAAAGAAACCAAUUUUUUUUUUCUUUCUUCUUUUAAAGAUCUGUUUUUUUUGUGAAAAAUUUGGAGCAAUGGGAAUGGCAGCUACAGAAUCUAAGUUUCAUGUUUUAGCUGUUGAUGACAGUGUAAUUGAUAGGAAGCUUAUUGAAAGGCUAUUGAAAACUUCUGCUUGUCAAGUUACAACAGUAGAUUCUGGAAGUAAAGCUUUAGAAUUUCUUGGUUUACAAGAACAUGACAAGAAUCACACAAAUCAACCUUGUGUUUCUCUUGAUAACCAUCAGGAAGCACAAAUCAAUCUUAUUAUCACAGAUUACUGUAUGCCUGGGAUGACUGGCUAUGAUUUGCUUAAGAAAAUCAAGGAAUCUUCAUCUCUGAGAAACAUACCUGUGGUGAUUAUGUCAUCUGAAAAUGUUCCUUCAAGAAUCAAUAGAUGUUUAGAAGAAGGGGCAGAAGAAUUUUUCUUGAAGCCAGUGAGAUUAUCAGAUGUCAAUAAACUUAGACCACAUAUGAUGAAAACAAAAUGUAAAAGCCAGCUACAAGAAGAACCUGAGAUAAUUGUCACAGAAGAAAAUCAAGGAUCAAUAGAAAUUGCAUAUGUUGUUCCAUCAGAAGUACCACUAACAGGACCAGAUACAGUACAACAAGAACAGCAGCAAAAAUCACAAGGCAAUAGUAAUAUUAACAAGAGAAAGGCCAUGGAAGAAAAUUUAUCACAAGACAGAACAAGACCAAGAUACAGUAGCCUUACUACUGCUGUCUGAUCUAAUGAUGCAUAUAGUAUAAUUUUUACUUUUCGUUCACAAAUUUGUAACUUUGAUAUCAUUUUUUAGGUUAAUUCUUUUUUGGUUUUGUUAUAAUGUUUUCUACUUACUUACACAGCUUGGGUAAUACAAUAUUAAGUGACAUGUAGAAGGUCUAUACGCAUUUCACAGCCAAUUUUAUUUUAGCUAAUCUAAGGAGGGACUAGAUCAUGUAUUUGCUUCUUGUAAAUUGACAAAUAUAUAACAUAGAAGUGUUUCUUUUUUCUUUCCCCA